CAGGGAGAUCCCCAUGAGCCAACCAGUAAUCGUUCAAAAGUUGACAGAAGAUUUAGUAUUUGGCUCACUACCGCAUACAGGGAAACAGACCGUGGGAGAUAUCUGCUGUGGCGUGGGGCAUCAUUCCGUUCUGUUCGCGCUGCAAGGAUUUCAUGUCACUGGGAUUGAUAUCAAUGCGAUUGCCAUACAAAGGGCCCAAAAAAACAAACUGAAAGCUCAGGCUGCAAUUGAAGCCGCCGGCGGCAGCUUAGCAUUCAUUUGCGGAAAUGUGUUGGAAGAUCGAGAUAUUUCAGCGACUGUGGGCAAGUUUAAUAUACUCAUCGAUUCGGCGGCCUACCAUUGCUUCUCUCCCGUCAAAAAGUCGAGCUACGUGCGCUUCCUCACAUCGCUGUCACACAUGGGAACUAGGCUGCUGUUUCUGAAUCUUCGAAUAACGGACGAAACGACAGGGUCCGGCCCACAGACUUGUUCGAGAGAAGAAGUGAACGAAACCUUCACGCAGUCUGAUUGGCAAGUGGAUGUUUUAGAAGACAGUGUUUACCAUCACUUCCCCAUGGUAGGAGAAGGCGGGCCAGCAUUAUAUGCACUCUUAUCGUAUAAGAGUAAGAACUGAGCCUCGACCGGCCGUGAUGCCAGACCGAUGUAACAGAGAGACCGAAAACGUGCCAGGGGUUCUGCACGUUAUUUGUAUGGUAGUAAUUCUGUCGUACUCAGCAUGAACUCGUCCUUUUCGGUGACUAGUCUGAGAGUGUACUGCAUACUUGCACACAACUAUGUAUGGGAGAGAGCGCACGACUGUAACCUAGUGCAGAAC